AUGGAAAUGCUUGGGUUCGGAGCUCUUGCAGCGCUUGGCAGCGCCAUAUUCUACGCCAAUCUACCAACAAGGCUCACGAUUGGCGCAGUCGCGCCCUCAUUUUCAUAUUUGGCGCAAGCGAAGCUGUUGAACGUCAAAGGAGGAGUGAAUGAUGCUGAAAGUGUGGACGAGAGUGAAAGUAUCAGUGGUGCGAAACUGUUUGAACCCGGACCAAUUUUGGUGAUGGCUGUCAGAAGACCCGGCUGUUUAUUAUGUCGACGAGAAGCUGCACAACUUUACACACUUCAGCCAUUUUUAAAGGAACAUGGAAUCAGAAUGGCUGCUGUUGUUCACGAAACUUUGGGGGCCAAUAAGUUCAAGGAAUUCUUUCCAUCUGACGUCUAUUUGGAUACCGAGCGUCACUUCUACGGACCAAACGAGCGUUGGCUUCCGAUUUGGAUGGGCUUCCUAAGAUUCGGAACAUAUGCCAACGUCUAUAGAGCCAAAAAAGCAAAAAUCGACGGCAAUCUUGAGGGCGAAGGAAGACUGUUGGGAGGUGUUUACUUGAUCGCAAAUAACGAGAUCGUGUACACUCACCUCGAGAAGGAAUGGGGCGAUGCUGCGGACAUCGACGAGGUUUCUGCGGCGGUUCACAAAUUCAUCAAAACACAGUAA